AUGGAGCGGGCAGGUUCCGGGUCGCGAGCCCUGUUUCCAAAGGGCCCUAGCUUUACAAUUGACGAUUUCUCGAAUAAGGACUUCAUCGUCCGCGACUUCGUAGAUGACCUUGCCGAGACUGCCGUAUCGUUCAACCGUCGCUCUGGCACUGCUCAGCAAGCUUUUGAUCCGAAACCACUGAUUCGAACUUUUGAAAGCGCAUUGCAAGGCCUUAGCAACCUAUCCGAGGAGCUGCAAGCAAAGGAAUCCGACCUUUCUUCCCAAGCCCGCCGCGCAGAGGCCCAACAUGACCAAACCGUCGAAACUCUAGGCAGCAAGCUAGCCAUAUCUAUCGAUCAAUUCGAAGCUCUGGAUGGCACUCUCAAUAACCCCAACGAGAAUGAUCGAGGCAGCCGUGGUGAAGCAGGUGGGAAUAUUGCCGUUCAAAUAGGAGAGAAGCUAGAAGAGUUGGAUAGGAAACGAAGGCGGGCGCUGGACGCUAACUUUCUAAUACAAUGUUGGCUUCAGGUUAGUGAGACGGGCGAGUUAACAUUAUUAAAUGAUAUUCAACGACAAGGAGGAUCCGAGAACAAAGUAAGGUGUGCCGUCAUUGCGCAUCAACUAAUGCGGAUUAGCCAACGAUUGGACCCUACAUCUUGGGGUCAUACCAAUGGACUUUAUCGUAAUGGCGUUACAAACGGCGACAGCGAUGGUGGGCGAAGGCAUAAUACCCGAGAGAUAUUAGAGAAAUUCUGUGAGACACUGGAGCAAGAUUUGCUGAAGCAAUUCAACAACAGCUACCGUAAGCAGAAUUUCGACGAUAUGAAGGAGUGCGCCAAAGUACUAUACGAUUUCAAUGGAGGUGCCAGUGUGAUUGCCGUUUUUGUGAACCAACACCAGUUCUUCAUCGACAGAGACCAACUGAUUACUGAUGAGGUGACUAUGGAUGGAGAUACUUGGGACCAGCUAGCAGACCCCGACUCCGAGCCACCAGGUGUCGAACCGAGUCUUCAGUCUCUCGUUGAUGAGGUUAAAAUCGUAAUGCAGGAAGAAUCCUUCAUUAUCAAGCGAGCAUUCCCUUACUACGAGACUGUCUUGAUUAAGUUCAUACAACGCGUAUUCCAACAGUCUAUACAGCAACGGCUAGAAUUGGUGCUGGAGAAGGCUGAUACUAUAUCAUCGCUAGCCUUUCUACGGUCUCUGCAUUCGUCCAGAAGCUAUAUCGGUGCUCUGGUAGAGGACUUGAAAUCCCAUGGCCUUACAGAACAUCCAGAACCAUGCUCUCCUCAAAUAUCGCAGACCCUCGAUCAGCAGAUGGAGGAGCUUUUUGUCCCAUACAUCGUUGGAAACUCGUAUAUCGAACGCGAGAAAAGGAGUCUGGAAGAACUAUUUAACUCAUUACUCUUCAAAUACAAUAUCUACCACUCUCGGCGGAAGAAGGCACCAACUGGAUUUAUGGCUUCAUUGGCCCAGCAAACCAACCAGCUCAUGGCAUCUGCCAAAGAUGCUUAUCUAGAACGACUUGAGUCUUCCGAUCUUACUCCGACACAAAAGGCUAUGAUGUUGCGAGUUGCUGGUGUCCAAGAAACCGACAAAAAUAAGAAUGAGAUUGAGGUCUCCGAAUCCGAAGGUGCUCUGAGCACGGCCACCGCUAAGCGAAUGCUGACUUGGCUCGCCGAAAGCGUUCGGCGAACCCUAGAGCUUGGAAGCCAGAGUGAAACCCCCAAAGAUGUCGCCAUCCUCCUAAAUCUUUUAUUGUCCAAUAUGGGCCAAGUCUACGUGGAGACGGCCCUAGAAGCGGCCCUUGAGAAAUCCACAUCUCAGGAGAACAUAAAGACGGAACCGGAUCUCGGUUACCUACCUUCUGUGAAACCAGCUGUAACUAUUAGUAGCAUGAUGGACCGCUUCAUAAAUACCGUGCUUAUUCGCCUUGCUGAGUCCAAUACUACGGUGCGGAGAAGCAUGGAAGCUCAAGCUAAAAUGGGCAUUGAGGGUAUUGAGAAGAAAGCCGGCAGUAUCAUGCGGAGUACCGUAGACGUCAUCGUCAACUGGGUAUCCAAGUCUCUCGCCCAGCAGAAGAAGCUGGACUUCCUACCCAAAGACGAGCUUAGCAUUAUAGAAUCCCUGCAAACGCCAACAUGUACAGCGACUUGCUUAUUCCUGUCGCGAUGUACACGAUUGAUCGCCCAGGCUGUCGACGGAACUAACCUCGAGGUAUUUAGCUCAGAACUCGCAGCCGAAAUACAGCGGUUACUCUUUGACCACUUCAAGAAAUUCAAGGUUAACGCCACGGGUGGUCUUAUGGUUACUAAGGACGUUGCUAAAUACGUCGCCACCCUCAAGGAGUGGCCCCUUUCGAAAGACGUCGAGGCCGCCGUUGAGCUGCUCUCCGAGAUCGCAUACCUCUUCAUCAUCGGCCCCGAAGCCCUACGCGAGCGCUCCAGGAACCUGGCUACUGGCGCUGGAGCUUCUGGGUCUGAUAGGGGAGGAGCCGUUAAGAAGCUUGCCAAGGCAGAUUUCAAGGCCUUUGUACAGAGCAGAGACGACGCGCGCAGUAUCGGCGUACAAGGUGUGCUUUCGAGCCUGUAG